AUGGAGUCCCAAAAGGUACCAGUUAAGCUCGCAAAGGUCACGAAGGUCCUCGGCCGCACCGGCUCGCGCGGUGGUGUGAUUCAAGUCCGCGUUGAAUUCAUGGACGACACCUCGCGAUCCAUCAUUCGUAACGUCAAGGGCCCCGUCAAGGAGGACGACAUUCUCGCACUUCUCGAGUCCGAGCGUGAGGCAAGG